AUGGAUUUAGAAAACAUAACAUAUCGAAAGCCUUACAGAACUAGUUCACUAAGUGACAUGACUAACAUCGAAGAAUCUCGCCUUUUCGAUACGACAAUAAUGAGUCUACCUGACACCUUACACAACAAUAGUCAAACUUUACAAGACUUAAAUGAAAAAAUUAAAUCGUUAACAAACGAUCUUCUAAGUGCUAAUCAAGAGAUUGAGAACCUUAAUUCCGAAAAUUUUCGUCUGAAAGCUGGCCUUGAUAAGUCCUUAAAAAUAAUAGACUCAUACAAAAGAAUAAUCACAUUUGACAGGAAAAGUAUGACGCCUACACCAAGAGGCAAAAGAAACUAUUCACAAAAUAAGAUCUUUGAAAGUCCAGCACAAAUAACAAACCCAGGAACAGAUGGUCAAAGUAUAAAUAAUUCCCCAAUUCCCAUAACAAAUCGACCUUUAGAUGAAUUAGAACAAAAUGCAAUAAAUAAUGACAACUUUAAUAUUAUGACAAUACCGUCUGAAAAACCCAUGAACUUGCCUGCCUGUUGUACUACAUUUUCAAAUAAAAUAUUGCAAAAAGAUAUUCAACAAAAAAACAGAAAUAAACUGUGA